AUGGCCUCAUGCGUCGUCCCUGGAAUCUGGAUGGAUGCCAUCCCAAACAACCUUGCAUCUGAUGUGCAUACGUACCUACAGGCCGAGCGUCUCCGGGGAGGCUGUCUGGACCAAAUCGGACCAAUGCAGAAAGGUCUGCCGGUCCCAGUCCUGCUGGUUGCCGACAUCGAUAUUGGUCCGCCAUUGCUGUGGUGCUCGGAACUUUACCAGUGA